AUGGAUAUGGAGAAAGAUUACAUCACCGUCACGCCCCGCCAGGGUCCCGUGCGCCGGUUUGUCAAGUUCACCAUUGUCGCUUUGGCGGUGAUGGUGUGUCUUAUCAAGCUUGACUUUUCGUUGUUUUCCGUGGAGAGAAUCGAGAACCCAGAGGACAUUGUCUUGAACGCCUUGAAGGAGAAUUACGCCAGCAAUUGGCUGUUGAAGUAUGCGUCCGAGAAGCACUUGGCCGGUACGAACUACGGUCUUGUUGAAUUCACCAGGAAAAAGCUUGCUGACUAUGGCGCUAAGACCACUGUGGAUGACUACGACGUCUUGUUGAGUUACCCCGAGGACCACGCCUUGCACUUGUUGGACAAGAAGGGUAAGGUCGAGUACACGGCGCCUUUGAAAGAGGACGCCUUCGAGGAGGACUUCACCUCUGUGAACGACACCAUCCCCACUUUCUUGGGGUUCGCUGCCAACGGCAAUGUCACUGCCGACUACGUUUACGUGAACUACGGCCGUACCGAGGACUUUGCCUGGUUGAAGGAAAAUGGCGUCAGUGUCAAGGGAAAAAUCGCUAUUGCCCGCUACGGCGAGCUUUUCCGUGGCCUCAAGGUCAAGUUUGCUCAGGAAAACGGUGCUGUGGGUGUUUUGCUCUACACUGACCCUGCCGACGAUGGCGAGCUUGUCCCUAAGAAUGGCUACAAGCAGUACCCUGAGGGUCCCGCUCGUGCUGAAAGUGCCGUCCAAAGAGGUAGCGCCAUGUUCUUGGGCGGUGUGGGUGCUCAACCCGGUGACCCAACUACUCCUGGCUACGCUUCCAAGAAGGGUGUCGAGAGAAAGGACCCAUACAACAGUAUUGGCAAGAUUCCUGCUCUCCCUAUCUCCUACAGAGAGGUGAAGCCAAUCUUGGCCAAGCUCAAUGGUCACGGCAAGAAGGCACCAAAGGACUGGAAGGGAGGCUUGGACGAGUUCGACUACACCACCGGCCCCAACCCAGACGCGUCUUUGAACUUGUACAGCAACCAGACUUUCAAGAUCACUCCUAUUUGGAACGUGUACGGUGAGUUUGUGGGCGAGAACAGAAACGAGGCCAUUUUGAUUGGUAACCACCGUGAUGCUUGGAUCAAGGGCGGCGCUGGCGACCCUAACUCGGGUACUGCUGUACUCCUCGAGAUUGCCAGAGCCCUUGGCCAGCUUCAGGACGCCGGCUACAAGUUCAAGAGAAGCAUCAUUUUGCAAAACUGGGACGGUGAGGAAUACGGUCUUAUCGGAUCUACUGAGUUUGGCGAAUACGCUGCCAAGAGCUUGCAGAAGGAUGUCGUUGCUUACUUGAACGUCGACGUUGGUGUUCAGGGUAAGUUCUUGCAAUUGAGUGCCUCUCCAGUUUUGAACAGAGUCUUGAGAAAGGUGGCCAGAUGGUUGCCAUACCCCGGCAAGGGCGGUCUUUCUUUGUACGACCACUACAAGAAGGAGGCCGGCGACCGUAUUAUCAACUUGGGUUCCGGUUCGGACUACACUGUGUUCUUGGAGCACUUGGGUAUCCCCUCCGCUGACAUUGGUUUCAAGAGCGGCCCUAAGGACCCAAUCUACCAGUACCACUCGAACUACGACUCAUACCACUGGAUGGAGAAGUUUGGCGACAAGGGAUUCGUUUUCCACAACUUGGCUGCCAAGUACAUCUCUCUUGUGGCCUUGGAGUUGACCAAGCACAAGGUUAUCGAGUUUUCGUUGAAUGACUACGCCAAGGACUUGAUUUCCUACUUUGAGCAGGUCAAGGAGCUUGUGCCUAAGAAGUGGCUCGACAAGGAGGUUCCUCAUCCCGUCAUGGCCCAGUAUAUCACGAACGACCGUGAGGACCUUGAGGCUGUUUACGAGGCCACUCAGAGCUACUACAUUGACAGACACGUUUUUGCCUUUGAGGAGCUUUUGGAACCUUACCAGUGCAGACACAUGCUGACGAUGUUGAUGAAGGACUCUCUGCACCACAAGAAGCUCAAGUUCGGAGAUCUUUUGAGACACACCGACGCUCACUUGGAGAACUUGGAGAAGGACUCGUUGGCAUUUGACGCUGAGAGUGCCGUUUUGCAAGAGCGUUUCGACAACAGAGGUGAUUUGCACUGGUGGCAGAGAAUCAAGCUCCACUUUGAAAUCAAGCACCACAACAAGCUCCUCCAGUACUUCGAGAGAAACUUCUUGUACAAGCACGGUCUUCACGAAAGACCAUGGUUCAAGCACAUUGUGUUCGCUUCUGGCCGUUUGACUGGUUACGCUGGACAAACCUGGCCUGGUAUCAGAGAGGCUAUUGAGGAUGAGGACUUUGAGAGAACCUCCAAAUGGGUCGGUAUUGCAGCCAAGGCUGUUAAAAGAGCCACUGGCGGCUUAUCAGUCGAGUAA